AUAGUCAGCGUAAAAUUGAAAUGUUGGAAAAUGUUGUUCGCCAAAGAGAAGAUGAAGUUAGGAAAAGAGUUGUUAGGCGCCUUAAAGAUGAUGUUGCUUCUGUAUUUCAACGAUAUGAAUGA